CUUUCGAUUCUCAACACAGCGAAUCUUAGCGCAAUUGCAUUUUAAUGGUAAUUUAAUUUCCAUUAUUGACAGAGUUUAAGGCAACAAACAGUCACAUCAUGUCCGCGGGAGAUUUGCCAUUGGUGGCGAGGGCCAAGAUUCCGCCAACCAUCCAGUUUGAGGCCACAAAGAACUUCCACUCGCACACCGAGCAGAAGGACUUGGAUAGAGCUUUCCUGGGCUACAAGCGGCGUCCGUGGGUUCGCCAAAAGGCUCACAGGGACACACGCCGGGAGAGGGAGAUCCUCAACGGCCUGCUGUGCUCUACCAGCGUGGAAACGGACUACGCCAGCACCUGUGUGGACAAACUUAUUGACGAGAACAUUAGCUAUCUGGAUUUGGCCUCUCUCACCGACGAAGAUUUGGAACUGUUCGGGUUCAAGUGUCGAAAGCAACGGCAACAGCUCCUGGAGAUGUUCGACAAGAUUCCCAACCAGAAUCCCAGUUACGAAUACAUUUGCAACCAUCCUGAAGCCGAAUCCUACAACAAUCAGAUUCUGGGCAAUGCUGGCAACCACUUUAUGUCCCUGCGUGCCUCUUUAGCGGCCACCAACUACAAGCUGCAGGUCUCCACUCCCGAAGACGUCGUGGUGGGCGACAAACGAUAUGCCAGCUGCUUUGCCCAGGAAACUCUGAAAAGCGUGAAUCAGAUCACCGAAGAGAUUGCCAAGGAUCUCGCAAAAAUCGAAGCUAAUGUCCAGAACGCAAGGAGCCAGAUGAAAGUAGAGGCCAACGAGAGUCACAAGAAGAAGAAUUGGAGCCUGGCUACAAUUUUGUACUACACUACCUUGGCUGUGGGAUUUUCGUGCGCCUGGAUCUGGUGGUGGACCAAGUUCCGCAGCGCUCCCCGAAUGGAGCGGAUCUCCGUUAAGACUUAGAACAAACGCACAACGAAGCAUUUAAUAGUUGCAUUCCCAUUUUCUCAUAGGACCUAAGUUUAUAGAAUUCACGUAUUACUUGGUUAAGCAUUCGCAUAAUCUCAAGCUGUAAUGAAGUUUUACUGCCCAAUAUGAUCAUUUGAUAGAAACCAUAUGUUGUAUUAAGUUGAAAAA